UCCAGCAACACCUGGUACAUUGGUGUUCGGAGGAGAAGGCCAAGGUGAUGGAAGCCAAUAACUUUCAUCCUUUCAUGCUUUCAAUUGCUCGGGCCUGCGAGAUAAUCCUCUCAUCGCCGGUCGCCGACCUCCUGAACAAAAUUGGGUUGAUAUGGAGGCAGGUCAGGGCCAUGGUGGUCAUCCCAGUGAUGAAGGCUGCUGUUGUUGCGUGCUUGAUCAUGUCGGUCAUGGUGCUCGUCGAGAAAGUCUCAAUGGGCCUUAUCAGCCUCUAUGCAAAGCUGUUCCACCGGAGACCUGAGAGGAUAUACAAGUGUGACCCCAUAGCUGAGGAUGAGGAGCUUGGCACCCUAGCCUAUCCUAUGGUCCUUGUCCAAAUUCCCAUGUACAAUGAGAAAGAGGUGUACCAGCUGUCCAUAGGAGCUGCAUGCAAUCUAUCGUGGCCUAAAGAUCGCAUUAUAAUACAAAUACUGGAUGACUCAACUGAUUUAAUCAUCAAGGAUUUGGUGAAAAAGGAAUGUGAGAAAUGGUUCGGCAUGGGAAACAACAUAAAAUAUGAGACGAGGGAUAAUAGGAAGGGAUACAAAGCUGGUGCGCUGAAAGAAGGAAUGAAGCACAGUUAUGUGGAGACUUGCGAAUAUAUUGCCAUGUUUGAUGCUGAUUUCCAACCUGCACCUGAUUUUCUCACGAGAACUGUCCCUUUUCUUGUGCAUAAUCCUAGCAUUGCUCUUGUACAAGCUCGUUGGAAGUUCGUGAACGCAAAUGAAUGCUUGAUGACAAGAAUGCAAGAGAUGUCAAUGGAUUACCACUUCAAGGUGGAGCAGGAAUCAGGUUCUACAUCAUGUGCAUUCUUCGGCUAUAAUGGGACUGCUGGAGUAUGGAGAAUCCAAGCAAUAAAUGAAGCUGGAGGUUGGAAGGAUCGAACUACCGUAGAAGAUAUGGACUUAGCAGUAAGAGCAGGCCUGGGAGGCUGGAAAAUGAUUUACGUUGGCAGCAUCAAGGUCAAAAGUGAACUGCCAAGUACCUUCAAAGCUUACCGCUUCCAGCAACACCGCUGGUCAUGCGGACCUGCGAAUCUUUUCCGUAAAAUGCUGUGCGAUAUCGUGAAAGCGAAGAAAGUAUCGAUAUGGAAGAAAUUCUACGUGAUCUACAGCUUUUUCUUAGCACGAAGGGUCCUAUCAAACUUCGUCACCUUCUUCUUUUAUUGUGUGGUGAUCCCGCUAUCAGUUUUCUUCCCCGAAGUUAAAAUUCCCAGAUGGGGGAUGGUCUAUAUUCCAUCAACAAUUACCAUCCUCAAUGCAGUUGGAACUCCAAGCUCUUUUCACCUAAUUAUUUUCUGGAUCUUAUUUGAGAAUGUCAUGUCCUUGCAUCGAUGCAAGGCAGUCAUCAUCGGUUUAUUAGAGGCAGGGAGAGCUAAUGAAUGGGUUGUUACUGAGAAAUUAGGAGAUUUGUUGAAGACAAAAUCAAACAUUAAAGUUGCAAAGAAGUAUCGAUCCAAGUUCUGGGAGAGAUUGCAUUUCCUGGAGCUCGGGCUUGCGGUGUAUCUCAUGAUAUGUGCAUGCUAUGACUACUAUUUCCGAAAAGAUUACUACUUUGUGAUCCUUUUUCCACAAGCCAUGGCAUUUGUUAUCAUGGGCGUCGGUUACAUUGGCACCAUCAUCCCCAGUGACAACUAGAUGACAGUCUUAGCUCCUGUGACAAAUAUCCACAGUGCUCCUUUUCCAUUUCCAUGCAAUUCAUUUGUGCCUUCAGCCAUCCAUUGCGUUUGUUACACCGGUUUCAAUAAAAGGAAUGGCUCAAUUUUAUGCUGAAGAGAAUCAUCAACUUAUGUAUGUGAUGAAAUAUUAUCUGAAAAUUGGGACAAAAUAACCAUAUUGGAGAAAAAGGAUGACACCUUGGGUAGGCUGUCUGCUGAAAUAGGGAAAGAAAGAUUUUGAUUUUCCUUUUUCUUUUUCUUUUUUGGUUAUUGCAAGG